GGUCAGGAAAGAUGGCGGCGGAGGAGAGCAGGUUGAAGCAGCGGAAUCACAAGAACAGCAUCUUCAAAGAGGGUGGCCACAGGUUUACGUCGGACACCUCCCCGAUGAGGUGCGAGGAGGAGGACGAUGACCUGCUGCAGGAGGGGGAGGAGGUGGGCGUGGCCAGACCGGUGCAGAUCGUGACGGCGAACGAGGACGAGCACUCGUUCACGCUGCAGGAGGAGGCGCUGGAGAGGCUGCUGCUGCAGGAGGAGGUGCAGGACCUCCACGUGGUCGUCGUCUCUGUGGCCGGCGCUUUCCGCAAGGGCAAGUCCUUCCUGCUGGACUUCAUGCUGCGCUACAUGUACAAACAGUCCGAGUCGUGGGUGGGCGACGAGGACGAGCCUUUGACGGGCUUCACCUGGCGGGGCGGCUGCGAGAGGGAGACCACGGGCAUCCUGGCCUGGAGCGAGGUGUUCGUGGUGGAGAAACCAGACGGCUGCAAGGUUGCAGUUCUACUAAUCGACACACAGGGGGCGUUUGACAGCCAGUCGACCAUCAAAGACUGCGCCACGCUGUUCGCCCUGAGCACCAUGACCAGCUCUGUCCAGGUCUACAACCUGUCCCAGAACGUCCAGGAAGACGACCUCCAGCACCUCCAGCUCUUCACUGAGUACGGACGACUGGCCAUGGAGGAGGUCUACGAGAAACCUUUUCAGACGCUGAUGUUCCUGAUCCGGGACUGGAGUUACCCUUACGAGCAUCCGUACGGUCUGGAGGGAGGGUGGAGCUUCCUGGAGAAACGGCUGCAGGUGAAGCAGAACCAACACGAGGAGCUGCAGAACGUCAGGAAACACAUCCACUCCUGUUUCUCCAACAUCGGCUGCUUCCUGCUGCCGCACCCCGGCCUCAGGGUCGCCACUAACCCGCAGUUCGACGGCCGGCUCAGAGACAUCGACGAGGACUUUAAGAAGGAGCUGGUGAACCUGGUGCCGACGCUGCUCUCUCCAGAGAACCUGGUGGAGAAAGAGAUCGGAGGAGUGAAGAUCACCUGCAGAGACCUGCUGCAGUACUUCAAGGCCUACAUGAAGAUCUACCAGGGGGAGGAGCUUCCUCACCCCAAGUCCAUGCUGCAGGCAACCGCUGAAGCCAAUAACCUUGCAGCUGUAGCAGGAGCCAAAGACAUGUACAACAAAAGCAUGGAGCAGGUCUGCGGCGGAGACAAACCCUACAUCUCCCCGGCAGAGCUGGAGCGCCGUCACGUGGAGCUGCGGCAGGCGUCGGUGCGGCACUUCCGCUCCGUGAAGAAGAUGGGCGGCGAGGAUUUCUGCCGGCGCUACCAGGAGCAGCUGGAGGCGGAGCUCGACGAGGCCUACGCCAACUUCAGCAAGCACAACGACGGCAAGAACAUCUUCUACGCCGCGCGGACGCCCGCCACGCUGUUCGCCGUCAUGUUCAUCAUGUACGUGGUGUCGCUGGUCACGGGCUUCGUGGGCAUCAGCUCCGUGGCCAUGAUGUGCAACCUCGUGAUGGGCGUGGCUCUGACGGCGCUCUGCGUCUGGGCUUACGUCAAAUACUCCGGGGAGUUUCGCGAGGUCGGCGGAGUCAUCGACCAGGUGGCUGAAACCCUCUGGGAACAGAGGACUCCACGAAAGGUUUUCUCCAAACUCUUCGAGGUGGCUCGGAGUCGAGUCCCGUUGGGAAGCCUGAUCCCGGCGCCACGGCCGCGGCUCGCCUCAAACAACAACGUCAAGAAGAAAAACUAGCAGCACGCCGUCUCGUUCCUGUCACGUUUUACUUUCCUCCCUCUGCUCGGUUUGAGACGUGUAAAUCGGUUUUUGUUCUGACUGUAGAUGACGGUUCCUCGCCGCGCAGGCUGUAGGUUUAAGGACUCGCUGUAGAACCGGAUCAAGAAGUUUGAUGUAUUUUAUUAUUUGUCAGUGGGCGGGGUUAUGGUAUUUAUUGGUGGGAGGGGCCGUUACUCUAUCACCGAGUGUCAUCCCAGGUGUGUGUUCACCUGUCGCACGACGACUCGACAUUAGUGAUUCCCAUUUAUGUGAAUGUAUGAAUGAAGAGCAUGACCACAGACCCUCCUCCCCGCUCUCCUCUUUCUCUCCCCUCCUCCCCCUCCCUCCCGUCGUCUCGGUCAGGUCCGUGUCCGUCGCUGGGCGGCGUCACGAGGAGGAGUCACAACCAAAGUUUACAGCUUUACUCUUAGAGGCUCUCACGCUGAGCGGACCGACAAACAGGCGGGAAACUGCAGCUGACGGACGGUUUCAGGACAGUUUUUCUUACCCAGAAUCAGAGACUCUGUGCCGUCUGAAGGUGAAGUGAAGCGUCGGAGACAGUAGCUGCUCCACGUAAACGUAGACAAACACCUGAAGCGUGAAUCCUCAAACUACUGAAACGACCACAAAUCCGUCAGGAGGAGGAACAAAUUAAUACUUAAUUCUCAACCACAAAUCUGAUAAAUAUUCACUUAUCUGUUCCCGGAGCUUUCGACAGUGACGUGACACUUGCUGUAAUCAUGUGACCUUAAGUCCAGGACGUCAGUCGUGUGGAAAACUCAGGGAAAAUCUACAUAAGUGGAUCUUCCAUUUUAAAAUAUUCACCACAAACAAAUAAACGUCAGUGGAAAAACAGAUGAAAACGGAGACGAUGGAUCAGAGUUGGACGUUCACUAUGCAAACGUUAUUUGACCUUUUAUCCAGCAGCUUCUUGUCUUUUUAAAAUGUGUUUUUAAAAUCUCAUCGAUGUCGACUGUGAGCACCGAAUGAUAAACAUUAACACGACACACAUCACAUUUACACCAACAGUCUGUCUAAUUGAUUAAUGGACUGAUGGUUUCAGCUCUAACGUCUGAGGUGAUAAAAACACUGAUGCUGCUGGAAAACAGGCAAAAAUAACAUUUUGACUCUUUCUUCCUCAGGAUUGUGAAGGGAAGUCUGUGACCCAAUCACAGGCUAACUGCUAGCUUAGCAUCAUUCAUUUCUCACACCUUGUGGUUUUAAAAUAGUUUUAUUGCACUGCUGUAAACAGGAAGUGGCUCCGGUUUUAAAUAUGAAAUCAGUGUCAACAGGAAACAUUUGCCAAAAUAUUAUUUAAACUAAUUAAAAACAAAAUAAUUAAAACGUGUACGAACGAUAUUUUCACUUUGCAUCUUUAACAAUAAAAAAAGAAAGCUGACUGUCUUUGGUUUCAGAUGAGGCUGACUGAGUCCAUCUGUCACCACCGUCAGAUUGUCCGACAGUAAUUACACAACAUGUUGAACACUACACACUGAACCUUCAUGAGUUUCUGACUCUGGGGAAGAAAAGAACUGAAAGUAAAAAAGCUGAAUUUCCCUGAAACCAGCUGAGUGACUAACCUGCAGACAGAUGUUGGACUAACCUGCAGACAGAUGUUGUGCUGACCAACAGGAGGCUCUCGUCUGUCAUCAGUACUUUUAUUAUUGACCACUUUAUCAUGAGAUCACAACUUGAAGAUUUUCUUACUUUGAGAUUAUCAGCCUCAGAAUGAUCGUGACGUUCAGUAUUUACCUCCUUUUGUUUUUUGUUUUUUUUAUUUUCCGUUUACUUUUGAAAAGGCUCGACAUCUCGGGAACCGCACCGCAUUUCUGAGAGCGGGACGUUCGGACGGAUAUCAGCCUCGUGUCUGGAGUUAGGAACUAUUUCUUGACGAGCAGAGGUUCAUCCUUCCGCCGCAGCUCCGACUCCAAACAAACAUGAAAAUGAUAUUCAUCCAAAAAAGAAAGUAAAUACGCCAAUUUACCAAAUGUUGAACUAGUUCUUCAGCCUUUAGUUGUCAUGGAGAUGGUUUUGGCGACUCAGCAUUUCCAUAUUUAAACUGGUAGUUGGUGUAAAAGAUGUCAGUCCUCUUGAUCCGACUGCCAGUGUUCCAGAGUAAAAGCUUUUUAAUUUUUCACCUGUAGAUAAUGUUUAAUUGUUUUAACCUGAGUGUCGUUCCCUCCGUCAUUCCUCCUCUUCAUCUUGACAAAUCUGAAGGACUGAACCACCUCCUCCUGUUUUUAAAGCACCAAGAAGCCGUUUAGUAAAAAAAAACACAUUAAAGAUCGAGUCGACGCUCGUUUUCACUCAUUUCAGCUUCCGUUAAUCCGAACACUACGUCAAGACGGUGUUUCCAUUUCUUUUCUUUUUUUUCUUUUUUUUCUAUUAAAGCCAAAAUCCGUGAAUCGGAUGAAUGAAAGGUUUCAUUCCUCGGAGGUCGGGGUCAUCGUGUUUGUUUUUACUGAAUCAUGUUUUUCUUUUUAUUUAAUCAUCAUUCCAUCCACAUCACCACUGUGUGCUUUUUUUGUUUUUGUACAGUUAGUUUUUUACAGCCUCAUUCACACAUACGGCAUGUGUAUGAAAUAUAUACAUAUAUAAAUAUAAAUUUUCUAGACCUUUUUGUAGCUGCAAGAACAACGGUUGGGUGGUAGACCAGAUUCAGCUCACUGGAUGUAAAGGAAUGCUUUCGUGAUUUGUGGAUAUGUCUAAUAAAUUCCUCUUUUAUAAAUAUAUUUGUAAAUUUAAUCUUACAUGAGCACUGCAGUUCCACCCCCUGCUGGCAAAGAAUGUUUAUAAUCUGAUUUUUCUUUUUCUUUUCUUCUUUUUCUUUUUUUUUUUUGUCUU